CACUUGUAGCUCCUAUAGGUGCAGCAAGAAACGGCUGUGAAAGAUCUCAGAUAUAAGCGUUGAUAGUCUCUGCAGAGAGGCUGCCUUUGCCUCGUGCUGCAGCUGGCGGCUCGCGCCGUUCGAAGCCGUGACGAUUCCUGCUGACGCGCCACGCGCCGCACCACCCAGAGAGGACAGCGUCGGAGCCAGCCUGGACACCGGACUCAUCUAUUUUUUUUUUCCAUCUCCCUCCUUCCUUAACGGCUGUUUGCCAAGUCAUCCCCUCCUCCCUCUCACCAGAGAAUCAAACCAUCCAGCAGCAUCACUCAGACUCAGCAUCAGCAGAGAUGGAGGUACCGGGUUUGGCGCACAGCAUCACCAGUCCAUUAAGUCCCUGCGAGGGCAUGAUCAAGGACCUGAGCCUGGAUUCUAUACAGCUCUGCGAACGAGAUGGAAAAUCCCAGGACGGCAGCCUUUCCGACAUGGAGGAGCUCCCCGUUCCUCAGAACAUCAAGAUCAGCAACAUCACCUGCGACUCCUUCAAGAUCUGCUGGGACAUGGAGGCGCGCAGCAAGGAGCGCAUCACGCAUUACUUCAUCGACCUGAACAAGAAGGAGAACAAAAACUCCAACAAGUUCAAACACAAGGAUGUUCCUACCAAGCUCGUGGCCAAGGCAGUGCCCCUGCCCAUGACGGUGAGGGGCCACUGGUUCCUGAGCCCCCGCACAGAGUACACCGUGGCCGUUCAGACCGCCUCCAAACAGCCCGACGGGGACUACUCCGUCUCCGAGUGGAGCGAGAUCAUCGAGUUCUGCACUGCUGAUUAUUCCACAGUGCAUCUAAACCAGUUGAUGGAAAAGGCAGAGGUCAUUGCUGGGAGGAUGCUGCGUUUUUCUGUCUUCUACAGAAACCAGAACAAAGAAUAUUUUGAUCACGCCAGGGAGGUGCAAGGGAACCGAAUGCUGCCAUCGGUGAAAGACAACAGCGGCAGCCACGGCUCACCCAUCAGUGGCAAACUGGAGGGCGUCUUCUUCAGCUGCAACACGGAGUUCAACACAGGCAAGCCUCCGCAGGACUCCCCCUACGGUCGCCACCGCUUCGAGGUCCAGGCUGACACACUCUUCAACCCAAACACCAGUCUGUACUUUGGCGACUUCUACUGCAUGUACACAGCCUACCACUACGUUAUUGUGGUCCUGGCGCCAAAGGGCUCUAGGGGCGACGAGUUCUGCAAGCAGAGGCUGCCUGCCCUCGAUAUCGGCAACAACCGUUUUCUGACCUGCAAGCAGGACGAAGAGGGAGGUCUGGUGUUUCACCACGCCCAGGACGUCAUCCUGGAGGUGAUCUACACGGAGCCUGUAGACCUGGCGCUGGGCACGGUGGCUGAGAUCAGUGGGCACCAGCUGAUGAGUUUGUCCACAGUAAACGCCAAGAAAGACCCCAGCUGCAAGACCUGCAACAUCAGCGUGGGACGCUAAGAGCGAACUUUGUACAAACAGGAAGUAAGGACUACAUUUGAUUGACACACAUGCAUUCACACAGAGGAAGGCCACGUGUACUGAUGAAGCAAACCCAUGCAUGAUGCAGCUGAUUUAUUAGACUCCCUGAGGAACUCCUAAAAGAUCCUAAACCCCAAAGAAUUGAGGGGGGAAAACAGAGGAAGAUUCUGACACCUUCAUCCACGUCUCGUCUAAAAAGAGAUCAUAAAAAUACUAAAAAAAAAAAAAAA